AUGAAUUGCGGCUCUGAAAUAGACAAAAUGUACUUUAAUUGGUUUUCUAAGCAAUUGAAAUAUUUAGCAGUCAAAUUGGGUGUAUCUAAUUUUAAUGCUUCAUAUGGAUGGUUAAACAAAUGGCGAAUAAGGAAUAAUGUUGCUUGGACUAAAGUAGAAGCAACGAUAAUCCAGAACUGCUUCCAUAAAGCAGAAUUUUCGGAAAUUGAUGAGAGUUUUUCCGGUUUUGAUUUCGAAGAUGAUCUUCUGCUGGCAAUCUAUGCUAGAAUUCACGAAGGACUCGAUUUGGCAAAGGAUCUCGACGAUUUUCUCCAAAUAGAUCAAAACGUCUGCACUGAAGACAACACUAUAGAAAUUCAAUUUGAAGAACAAAACGAUGUUAUGGACAAUUCCGAUUCAGAAGAAGAUUAUAAUCAAGACAAAAGUGAGCCCAUAACAUCGUACGAUGAGGAGUUAAAACUUGUUGCGCGUUUGAAACAAUUUGCCAAAAAUGAUUUUGUAUCUAGCUUUUCAAUACAUCAAAAAUAUCGAGGGUCAUUUUGAGAAUGAACAUUUUAAAUUAAAACAAUCAAUAUUCAAGCAAUCAACCAUUACAACAUUUUUUCAACCAAAGUAGUACUGAAAUGUAAAGUCUUGUAUGUAUUUAUGUACAUGUAUGACAACG